GUCGACAAGAUGAAAAAACGCAUAAUAUAAAUUCUGAGAAUGAGACAUGCAAAUUGGUUUAAUAUUGCCAAUUUUGCUGUUAGCUGCAGGUACAGCUCAAGCAGCAAAUCGAUCAACCCUGACUCAUGUGGAUGUGUUAGUACAGCGUCAUGAUACUAUUGAAAAGUGUGCUAAGGCGUGCUUACAAAAAGGAGAAAGUAUGUGCCGCUAUUUCAAGUUUGUCAAUGCGACAAGGCAGUGCUACUUGUCAUCUAAGGUUCAUCCGGACGUUAAAAACACAGCUCCUGGUUCUGAUAAAGGAAAUGGCACCAAGCUCUGGCACAAACUACAACAAUAUCAAGUCCAUAAAAAGCUUGGAAACUUAAAGGAAGUCAAGCAUAGGCUGACAGCUUUGAAGACAACCAUUGACAAGAAGAUAGCCAGGACAAACAGAGUUGACAAAGGUAUAGUUGGAUCAAGGAACAAGCAAUCCAAGGUUUUGGCAGUUCAUCAAAAAAUCAUCUUGACUUUGGCAAGAAAUGUCGUUCAGAUAAAAAACACGAUGACAUGGCUACAUGACUUGCAGAAAAAAAUACGAGGACAACUGGAUAAAGCUUUAACAGGAGGAAACUUCGCAAAUGGGCGCUUGAAAUAUUUCGUUGCAUCGAACGUGAUGAUAUUGAAUGAACAGAAGGCAUACAGACAGGUUUUCAAGAAACUUCAAAACAGGCAUCGACGACUACAGAAUAGAAUUAGGCAGCUGACUAAUGACGUCAGAAACAAUGGAGUUACAGCUCUUAGGCUGAUGAAGAAACUCACUCGAGGCAUCGUCAAGUUGGCUCAAAAGGGGCACAAUGUGAAUGUUCGUUUAAACAACGCGUGGAAACUCCUCUAUCAAGUGAGGAAUCAAGGUGGCGUUAGUCACAGACAGAUCAACAUGUUGAGAAAGUUCCUGCAAGCUUUGCACCUGAAAGUGAAUCAGCUGGCUGCACUUCCAGCAGCCCUUAAAGGAGCAGCCCUUAAAGACCUGACGGCAAUAUUGAUGCAUCUUGCCAGAAUCGAUGGUUUUAACAAGCAAAUUGGCAGCAAGAUGUCAUCAACCCAGAACCAACUGGCAGGAAUGAUGGGGGGACUGACUAGUGUGCUGUCUUUCAUGCAUACCCUGCAGAAUCAACUGACUAAUGAAAAGUUGAGGACUGACUCUAUAAUGAAAGAUAUGACCAAUCUGAGGCAAUCUAGGGGUAAGGGUCUACCUAAUAUUGCAGCCCUAAAUUCAAUGUCCAUGCAAGAAUUGUUCAUUAUCUUCAAAGUGCACAAAAUACUUGCAAGCAAACUACAACAGACUCAAGGCAGCCUCCAAAAUCUGUCAAGACAGCUCGCUAGGCAACAUAAAAUCACACGGAAAGUUAAUGUUGUGCUUGUGGCGUUUCAACGGUUUUUUGAAAGGAAAAUACAGAGGACAAUCACAUGUUAUGAAUAG